CCGGGCCAUAUGGGGCCUAUCGGGCCUGUCCCUGAUCCCGUAUGGACCCCCCCGUGGGGCUGGACCGGGCGCUAUGGGGCCCUGGGGGGGGGGUGACUGGGCACCAGCAUCCCCCCAUGUCCGUGGGUGAGAAUGGACUGGGAUGGGGGGGUUAUACUGGGGUCAGCCCUAUAGGACCGGGCCAUAUGGGGCGUAUCGGGCCCGUCCCUGAUCCCGUAUGGACCCCCCACCCCAUGGGGGGGGUGACUGGGCACCAGCAUCCCCCCGUGUCCAUGUGGGAACGGACUGGGAUGGGGGGGGUUAUACUGGGGUCAGACCUAUAGGACCGGGCCAUAUGGGGCCUAUCGGGCCUGUCCCUGAUCCCCUAUGGACCCCCCCGUGGGGCUGGACCGGGCGCUAUGGGGCAUCCCAGCCCCAUCUCCCCACAGGUCCCCCCAGGGGCUGUGCCCCCCCGGUCCAUAGGGGAUGUGGGGUGGCCUGGGCCGUACGGGAUAUGGACCGGUGUCCCCCCCCCAGCACCCCCCAAGGUGACGCUGCGCCCCACGCCGCUGGUGGUGGCCCCGGGGGCGGUGGCCGAGCUGCGCUGCGAGACCUCGGCCUACUUCCCCCUGGACGUGGGGGUGCGGUGGCAGCGCCGGGCCGGCCCCUCGGGGCCACCGCUGGCCCUGGAGGACACCGUCACCCAGACCUGGACCUCGGGCCACCGCCAGGGCCCCGACGGCACCUUCAGCCGCAGCAGCGGAGCUCGCCUGGUCCCCGCCCAGCCCCACCACCACGGGGACAUCUACACCUGCCUGGUGACCCACGCCGCUCUGGCCACCCCACGGCGCGUCCACGUCCGGCUGGAGGUGGCCGGCGCGGAGGGGCCAGGCCUGGAGGACGCCGUGGGGCUCUUCCUGGUGGCCUUUGUCCUCUGCGGGCUCUGGCGCUGGCUCCGCCCCCCCUGUGAGUAGUGUCCCCAACUGUCCCCGUGUCCCCACUGUCCC